AUGUCUGAUAACGUAACAACAUUCGAAGAUUUAAGUGAUGAAUUAUGCAUGGAUAUUUAUGAAUAUUUGGAUGCCUAUCAGUUAUUUGACGCAUUUCAAGGACUAAAUUAUCGUUUUAAUCAUAUUUUAAAUGAUAAUCGCCUUCGUUUACAUUCGGAUAGCAACAAUAUUUCAGAUGAAAAAUUUAAUGAAUAUUGGAAAUAUUUUUUACCAAGUAUCUGUGAUAGAUUAACAUCAUUGACGUUAUCAUAUAGACAUGAGAAUAUCGCUUUGCAUAGUAAAAUUGAUUUAAGUUCGUCGUUAAGUUUAGAUCAUCAAUAUCAACAACUUAAAUUCUAUAUUGAUUUACGUUGGCGAUUUGAACUUCAAAAUAAUGAAUCAAGUUUAAUAUGGAAACUGAUUCUAUUUGAAAAUUAUUUACCACAAUUAAAAGUAUUUUCAUAUAUAUCAAAUAAUGGAAUUAAGAUCCAUGAUCAUUAUAAGGGACUACAAUCAACAAUAACAUCAAAUAAUAUUGAAAAUUUAACAAUCGGUUGUUCUACAAAUGAUAUAUUAUUUGUACUCGAACAUACACCAAAAUUAAAACAAUUAGAUUUUACUGUACAUUAUUGUUCAAGAAUAACACAAAAAUUAUCACUAUUUCCAACAAUAAAAUAUUUAAAAAUGGCUAUUAUUUAUUUGGUAAUAUAUGCUGAUUUAAUGAUUAUAUUAAAAACAAUGCCAUAUUUAAAAAUAUUUGAAUUAACAGGACAAUCAUGUGAUAAAACUUUUCUUGAUGGACAAAAACUAAUAGAAUUAUUACCAGCUAGUAUUCACAAUGUUAAAUUAGAUAUUUUAAUAUCGACUGUCGGUACAAGUCAAAAACUAAUUGAUCAAACAAUAUCAUCUUAUAGCAACAAUUUUUGGCACGAUGUAAAAUGUUUUGAAAAAGAUGAUUAUUAUACGCGUUUAUCAGCGAUUGGGUUGAAAAAAUAA